AACAUGACCUGCAUCAGGUUUGCAGAGCUCCUGCUUUUCCUUCUCCUCCUCUUCAGCAAGGUCUACAGUGACAACCCAGAACCUGCUAUCAGGGCAGAGGGCGAAGUUACUGAGAUGGGAUUCUUUUUCGAAAUGGAUUAUAUCAUUGUUUAUAGAUCUGUUCCAGAGGGAGACCAACUGCUUGGCAACUCUUCAAACAAGAACAUGCCCAACACACCACCUGCAGACCUACAGGGUCGUACCCACAUCAGUAACGAAUCCAGCCUGCUCGGGUUUCAAAUCAGUAACCUCACUCUCUUGGACUCUGGGAUUUAUAGGAGGGAAUGUUGGAAGAACCAGACGAUAAUCAGCCAGAAGACACAGCAGCUCACUGUGUGUAAGGAGCAGAUUGAAUCUGAAGAGAUAAUUGUAAGUAAAGACGGUAAAGGGACUGAGAUCUUGUGCAAUAGCAGUGCCAUUGGCUCCGAGGGAACAUCUGUACGCUGGUACCAUGAAAUGUAUCCGUCUUACGAGCCCACACUCUUCCUGGAUAGCAGUGUUUCGCUGAAGCCUCUGGAGCUUGCAGGUCUUGUAGAUGUAAGAGACAACGGUGCAUUGCUCGUGUUCAACAACAUGUUACUGAAAACCACACACUUUAAGUGUCUUGUGAUGAAAGGUAUCAACUGUCUUAGUUUCCAAACCAUGCACCCACCAGAUGAGAGUGGAAGCAAGGAUGUUUUUGUCUCACUGGGGGACAGAGUGGUUCUAAAUUGUUCUAUUGAUGAGGGUGAGCAGGCGUGGGAGACUCCACUGGGAAGAAUUGAUGGUAACACGAGGGACAGGCCAAUGUACAUAUCAGCUGAUGACUUCUCACUGGUUAUACCUGCCAUCUCUGGAGACUACAUUGGAGACUAUUCAUGCAUCUCCCCCUUGCAUGAGAUGCAUUACUUAUUGUUUCUUUGCCCCAAAAACAAAGUCCAAGAAAAAGCUGCUGAUCAAGGUGAAAAUGUCUCCCUGAUGUGCGAUUUUGGCCAAGAUGUUUCAGCAAUAGUGCAGUGGCACCGCUAUGGACUUACAGGACACUAUGAGAUCAUCCACGACUCACAGGACAAAACUGUUCUCGUCCCUAAAGAUCUACGAGGCAGAGUGACUCUAUCUGAGGAUGGAAGUUUGCUGACUAUCAACGACCUGCAGAUGUCAGAUGGAGGAAAGUACUUGUGUGCUGUUCUUAAAAUCCUGGAAUUCUCAGGGAAUUAUACAGAUUAUGAUAUAGAUUAUGAUGAGAAAGAUACUGUAGAGGAUGAAAUGGACAAAGAGUGGACAGAAUCUCUGGAAUGCAUUUUUAAACAGGAGAUCAUUUUGAAUGUAACCAAGAGUGUGAAAUUCAACCCUGUGACACCUAUUUACACCACCAGUGCUCUGCCGCAGCAUACUGCAUAUGCUGUGGCGGGAGUACUGGUGGUGCUGCUGGUGUUAGUUGGAGUGAUUGUCACAGUAGUGGUGGUAAAGAACAGGUUAAAGAGAAAAGCAUCAAACAUGGACAUAAAGAUGGAUAUGGAUCCUGGCUGUUCUGAAAGGCUAACUGCAUCUGAUUAAUGUUGCCUAACAGCUUUUGUAAAAUAGCUGCAAGACAUUUUAAUAUCCACCUGAUGCACGCUGUGCUGUAAAAUCUGUACAAAUGUGUAACUAUAUUCACCAGUUGGUUUUUAUGAAAAAGUAGUAUUUAUGCUUUCAGUUUGGCUUUAUGUGACUUUUCUCCUUUCUUGUCAGUCGCUAAUGACUAUAGAUUUGUUAAAAUAAAAUGUAAUUUCAACAUCCUGUUUUUACUUAAGACUGAAAACGUGGAAAAAUUAGUUGUUUUUUUAAACUUUGUUUUUAGUGUACAGACCAAGCAGCCAGUGCAGUGCAAAAGGAUCAUAGCUAUCAUGUUUUCAACUUAUCUGAUGGUGCAAAAAUUUUUGCAUGGCUGUAAUGUAUUAAAUGAUGACUAAAAACCAGUUGGGCUACUCUACUGUCAACACAUUGUUUGUUGCCAGUCACAGGGAGAGCAACAGUCAGAAAGUCCCUUGAAGCUUCAAUGUCAAAGGCUUCAGACAAGUAAAUAUUUUUCUCUUUGGGGUUCUUCCAUUUUCACUGUGCUGCACAUAAUGAAUGUCAUUACAGUUAAUGCUAACAUGUUCACACCACAAAUCAGUGGUUAGUAGUUUAACUAAUUGCAUUUUCAUAUGGGCGCAAAGAGUGGCAAGAAAUACCUCAACAAUCAUUUGAAGUCUGAUAAUCGUGAGUUCAAUAUCCAUUCUCCUUUCUGCUCAGUUCUGUUCUUCAUGAAAUCCUGAGGGAAAUAUCUGGCUCUUUAGCAGCUAAAUGCUGUUUGGUUUGUUGUUUGGUGCCGAACAGAUAGUGUACAGUGGGCUUGUAGGGCUAUUUUUUUCUCUUACUGGAAACAGCUGCUGCUGGAAAACAGAUUAAUGAAAGAAAUGAGAAUGGACCAAAACAUUAAAGCUGCAGGCUGUGAAAUCAGUUAAUGACUUACAACAUGCUAGCAGAGUCCAGUAAUGAUUCCCAGUGAGACAAUCACCUUCCAUCAUCUGUAACUAAACAUAUGAUGUGUUGUUAUUAUGAAACCACCGCAAUAUGUUGUUGUUGUUUUUUAACCAUGAAAAUUUGUUACAAAAUUAUUCCUCAAAAUAUCUGGGUGGAUUAGCUGAUAAAUCUGUGCUUGCAUAUCUCACAUUUGUGUAUGCAAAUUCUGCUGCUGUUGUAAACCUCAUUGAAUACAAUUACAUAUACUGCAAUAUUCAGUCAAUGUCAUCUGUAGCUCCUGAACAAGUUUAGCAGUGUACUGCUGCAGUGUGUACAUCAGUAUUGAUCCGAUAUUGCAGUUUAUUGUUUGGGAAACACAAAAUGAGACACAGUGUAUAAAGUGAUUAUAUACUGCACGUUAUUGACUAGCUGACUGUGUUUACAUUGAUUAAACUGUGCAUUUUAUUAAACGUGAUAUUAUACUGAGGAAGUUUAUGUUUUAAGAAAAUAUGAGGUGCUGCUGCAGUGGCACAGUCCUUUGCUCACGAAACUGAGUCUCUUUUUUUUUUCAAGCUCACACGAAUUUGAAUAAAUAUUUUCAAAACAGGACGUAGAAUCUCG